AUGAUCUACCCACAGUUUGAGGGUCUACUCAACCAAUCUAUGGGAUAUGAUGGUCCAGGUCUGUUGAUAGGCAAAGCAAUACUUCCAUGCGGAAGGUUGGCGCCAGAGCGGCCGAGGGUUCACCCGUUGUCAGGUCAGACUGGUACACGAACCUUGGCUUCCAGCGCCUUCGUGGAAGAGUGA